AUGGAGGAUUACUUGAAAAGAGGACACAUGGAAUUGAUAACUGCUGCGGACGCGUCUGAGGAUCCAGCACGCUGCAACUAUUUGGCACACCACGCAGUGUUUAAAGCGGAUAGUACUACCACACGCUUCCGAGUUGUAUUUGACGGCUCAGGAAAGGAUUCCAAGGGCCAUUCGCUUAAUUCAAGACUACACAUAGGACCACCUAUUCAAAGGGAUUUAAUUGGAGUAUGUCUUCGCUUCCGUCAGCAUCUGUAUGUAUUUUGCGCUGACAUCGAGAAGAUGUUUAGAGGUAUUUUGGUGUCAGACGAACACACGCAGUACCAACGUAUAGUUUGGAGAAAGGAGGAGAGCGCUAACCUGGAUCAUUAUCGACUGCUGACUGUAACAUAUGGUUUAGCCUCAUCGCCGUUCCUCGCCGUUAGAGUUCUCAAGCAGCUCGCGAAUGACUAUGCCGAAAUGUAUCCGAGCGCUGCUGUCGUUCUUAACAGAGAUGCGUACGUCGAUGAUAUUCCCACUGGAUGCGACAAAAUUAAGGAUCUCAUUGCACUCAAAGAUGAAUUAAUUUCGCUUCUAAGCAAAGCUCAAUUCAACCUUCGAAAGAGGAGUUCAAACUGUCACGCCCUUGUGACGCUGCGCGCACAAUAA